AUGUCUAGAGUUGAGGAGACAAUUGCCGACGAGCCCUUUGAUCCCAAAGAAUUUUUCAUCGGCCCUUCAAAUACAGAUUACCUUACCACCAUGAGAGACCCGUCUGAACCACUAGCAUCUGAUUCAAUCACUGAGGUCGCUAACAACAAGCCAUAUGAGAGAUAUUCUACUGAGGCCUCGUCGGAACCUCAUUUCAAAUAUGUCUCUGAGAAGCAGCGUGAGGCAUUGGGCUAUCCAUCCGAACAAGGUGUGAUGACAGACUACAUCGCUAUUGGGACGGUUCGUCUGCUCGUCCAUAUCGUCGAUGGAAACGAUGUCCUAGUCAUGAAAGGCCUCAACGGGGAAGAGCCUUACCCCAAUCGGCCCUUGAUUCAAGGCGAGAAACACCAAUGGCUCAAGACCGAGUUCCGUGAGGUAGCAAUUAACAAGGCUAUCUUGAGACUCUACAUCUUGCCCGAGGACAUCAACAGAAGUUCCAGAGGCUCUUUGAAGGAUUUUAGGAAAGUCGUCAAAUCUUUGGUCGACUACAUCGACCUGUCGCCUGCGACUUGGGAUGGUCACUUCGAUCCCGAGUCUUCGUUGCAAACCUACCACACCGCACAUUAUGACCAUGAGGAAUCUCUCUUCUACAUCUUCAACACUUUGUCAUCGCCCCAGCCCUCACUUGACAAAUUGUCAGAAGAUAUCUACUCUGAACAGGCAAUGGUGGAUAUUAUUUAUGAUGAUGUCGAGGGCCUCGUGACCCAGCUAUAUCCUUAUCAAAAACGAUCCGUGGCAACUAUGCUUCAGAGAGAAGCGAGUCCAGCUAACACCGUGGAUCCCCGAAAGCCACAAUUUACAGAUCUCCGCGGCAGACAUUUCUACUUUGAUGUACUCGAGGGCGUUCUUCGGAGUCAUCCGGUGUUGUACAGCGAACCUCGAGGAGGCAUUCUUGCAGAGACUAUGGGCUACGGUAAAACCCUGAUAUGUCUUGCAUUGGUCCUUGCCACUCGAGGCCACUAUUCCAAAGCCCCUGAAGGACGACUCAAUAUCAUCGCCAAAGAGCCCAACCCACGAACACCCAGCCUGCUUGAACUUGCUGCCAAAGCCCUUAAGCAGUCAGCUACUCCCUGGAAAGCUCAAUUAUUCUGUCUUGAGCAGAAGGGAUACUAUUUUGAUAAGAUCAAAGAAGCUAUCGACAGAUAUGACGCAAAGUUCGCUGAACCGAUUUUCCAUCCUACGACACCUGAUAGACGAGCCAGUAAUCGAGAAAGCUUUUCGACCUUGCACCUUUGCUACACCACCCUGGUUAUCGUACCUCCUAAUUUGCUUAUGCAGUGGCAGCAAGAGAUCGAGAAGCACACCCGCGAGAACGCCCUUGACGUACUUGUUCUGGAUUCAUCUACCAAAGUCAUCCCGGCCUACCAGGUUCUGAUGAAGUAUGACAUCGUCUUGAUUACCAAGGCCCGCUUUGAACAAGAGUAUCGUGAUGAUGACCUCAACCAAGGUAGAAGAGGAAGAGGUGAGAGCAAAUUUCGAUCUUCAUUGACUGAAAUCCGCUGGUUGAGAGUCAUCUGCGAUGAAGGUCAUGGCUUCGCCGGCGCAAAUUAUCGCACCAACGCAAUGGCCAUGCUGGACAAAAUGUCCAUCGAGCGCCGCUGGGUAGUAUCUGGAACACCAUCAAACUCUCUCCACGGAGUUGAAGUAAACCUUGCUAUUAAUGAGACAUCACAAGGUGAAGAGCUUUGCCGGAAAGACUCAAUUCGUAUUGCUCUGGAGCGGAGAAAGCUUAAGGAUUCCAGCAAUGAAGAAAUCAAGGACAUGGAGAAAUUGCGUGUCAUGGUAGUUAAAUUCCUCAAACUGCAACCAUGGGCGAACCAAAAAGGCCUUGACUCUGCAGAUUGGCGAAAAUACUUAGCACCAUUCGAUGCUUCGGGAAAUCGACGCUUUGCUCCGGGCCUAAGGACAAUUUUGCAAUCACUCAUCAUAAGACACCGUAUCGAGGAUAUUGACGUGGAUCUUUCUCUACCACCUUUGUACAACAACACAGUCUAUCUCGAGCCCAGCUACUACGACAAGAUCAGCAUGAAUCUAUUCAGGCUUGUGUUGACAUCAAAUGCCAUCACUUCGGAACGAGCUGACGAAGAUUACAUGUUUCACCCAAAGAACCGAAAGUCGUUAGACGAACUGAUCACCAACCUUCGCCAUUCAAGUUUUCACUGGGUCGGAUUUACGCAACACGACGUAUCGCAAACCCUUCACGUGAGCAACACGUAUCUUGACAACAAGCUUGAAUCUAUAUCGGAUAUGGAUGGCGCCCUGCUUACAGAGGCUAUCAUGAAUGCUGAGCGUGCUCUAGCCGACCCUGGAUGGAAGGCGUUUUCUUCGCUGUAUGAAAUUGGUGUAUACGUUGAAGACUUCCCCGAACAUGCCGCAGAGGCGUGGGCAUUGCAUGGCGAAGCAUCAAAGCCGUUGCUUUUGGGCACCUUUCAAGCGCGGGAAGCACAGCAGCAUAUUCUGAGACAUAUUCAGUCAGAUGAUCCUGCCGCCGGAUUGACCGGUGCGGGACUUCGAGCUAUGCUUUCAGCGAAAGAACGAGCUUCGGCGGAACAGAAAGCCCGUGAUAAGACUGCCGCUGCUGCCAAUGGAAAGUCUCAACCCCUUGGUUCCGGAGAGCAACCGAAGAUCAAGCAUCAAUCGGCUUCAUCUUCAUCGUCAGUGCAGUUAACUUCCCCUACUCGACUAGCGCCUAGCACAGCCAAUACCACACCAAUAUCUCCUAUCCAAAAGCGACAUCUCCCAUCCACCAGCAUAGUGCUCCCCUCCGCGCUCCUCAAAACUCGAAUCCUAGGCUUCACCUCCGCCAAACUAAACUACUUAUGCUCGCAAAUCCUCAAACACCAAAGCUCCGAGAAGAUCAUCAUCUUCUACGACUCCAACAACAUCGCCUUCUGGAUUGCCGAAGCGCUCGAACUCCUGUCCGUGAAGUUCUUGAUCUACGCAAACACGCUCUCGGUGAGCAAACGCGCGGCCUACCUCGCGACAUUCAACCACUCGGACGUGUUCCGCGUGCUCCUGAUGGACCUCAAACAGGCGUCACACGGCCUGCACGUGGCGUGCGCGAGCCGCGUGUUCAUCGUCUCGCCGAUCUGGCAGCCAAGCAUCGAGUCCCAGGCGAUCAAGCGGGCGCAUCGGAUCGGACAGAAGAGGCCCGUGUAUGUCGAGACGCUGGUCCUACGGGGUACGCUGGAGGAGAAGAUCUUGCGUCGGCGUCGUCAGAUGAGUAAUGCCGAGCUGCUGAAAGCGGAGAAGAGUCUGCUCGAUGAUCUCACCAUGAACGGGAUCAUUCGAGAAGAAGGCUUUCUCAAGAUCAAGGAUGACGAUAAGUUCGGGCUGAAGGGCGGGAGGCUGGAUUUUCCGGUCCUGCUGUUCGAAACGCGAAAUGAUGAUGAUGAUGAUGAUGAUGAUGAUGAUGAUGAUGAUGAUGAUGAUGGCAACGGAGUUAAUGUCAGUGGGCUUCGCGAGGAGAACGAUUUGAUUUCUGGGCUUGAGGACGGACACGCCACGAAGAAACGGAAGAAGGAUGGGAAUCUUGCCAUCAGGCGAGCUGUCGCAUUCGCUGCCUCGCCCGUUGUCGUCGAGUCUACUUCUCGCGCGGACACAUUUUUUCCGGAUGACAGCGACACGCCGAGUGCAAACCAAGCACAGCAAGGAAAUGCCCCUUCCCCCAUCGUCGGCGUUGAGAAGCCGAAGACAAGUGUGCGGAUCGUGAUCGACGUUCCUUUCGAGACCUACUGA